ACGAAAAACAGCUGAUUGCCGUAGCCAUUAAUUUGGUUUUAACACCUAAUGAAAAAUUAUAUCAUACAAAUGAAAACUAUUUAAGUAAAACAAAUCGUAUAUUAGUUGUGAUUUAUUUAAUAAAAUAAUGUCGUCAGUCUCUGCUGCUGCUGCCCUGGAAACUGAGGAUCCCAUAGAGUUGAUGCUUAAGAAAACUGGUUGCAUUGAGUUGCAUUACAAAGUACAAGAGUGCAUUGCUGAAACAGGAGAUUGGCGCCGCUGCCAAGAGGUAGUGAAAGAGUUUAAGCAGUGCAUGCAAAAAUACACAGAAGCACAAAUGAAAAAAUACGCUGAAACCAAAUAAAAAGCA